ACAGAAGCCUGAGCGCAGAUGGCGCAGGACUUUAUACCACAUGAUAACUAUAUACAGUUACAUCCCGUUAUUACGUCACCACCGUCCCGUUAUUACGUCACCAUCGUCCCGUUAUUAUGUCACCACCGUCCCGUUAUUACGUCACCAUCGUCCCGUUAUUACGUCGCCACCGUCCCGUUAUUACGUCACCACCGUCCCGUUAUUACGUCACCAUCGUCCCGUUAUUACGUCACCACCGUCCCGUUAUUACGUCACCACCGUCCCGUUAUUACGUCACCAUCAUCCCAUUAUUACGUCACCACCAUCCUGUUAUUACGUCACCACCAUCCCGUUAUUACGUCACCAUCGUCCCGUUAUUACGUCGCCACCGUCCCGUUAUUACGUCACCACCGUCCCGUUAUUACGUCACCAUCGUCCCGUUAUUACGUCACCACCGUCCCGUUAUUACGUCACCACCGUCCCGUUAUUACGUCACCAUCAUCCCAUUAUUACGUCACCACCAUCCUGUUAUUACGUCACCACCAUCCCGUUAUUACGUCACCAUCGUCCCGUUAUUAUGUCACCACCGUCCCGUUAUUACGUCACCAUCGUCCCGUUAUUAUGUCACCACCGUCCCGUUAUUACGUCACCAUCAUCCCAUUAUUACGUCACCACCAUCCCGUUAUUACGUCACCACCAUCCCGUUAUUACGUCACCAUCAUCCCAUUAUUACGUCACCACCAUCCCGUUAUUACGUCACCAUCGUCCCGUUAUUAUGUCACCACCGUCCCGUUAUUACGUCACCACCGUCCCAUUAUUACGUCACCACCGUCCCGUUAUUACGUCACCAUCGUCCCGUUAUUAUGUCACCACCGUACCGUUAUUACGUCACCACCGUCCCAUUAUUACGUCACCACCAUCCCGUAUUACGUCACCAUCGUCCCGUUAUUACGUCGCCACCGUCCCGUUAUUACGUCGCCACCGUCCCGUUAUUACGUCGCCAUCGUCCCGUUAUUACGUCACCACCGUCCCGUUAUUACGUCGCCACCGUCCCGUUAUUACGUCGCCACCGUCCCGUUAUUACGUUGCCACCUCGCUUACAUCCCAGCCGUUUUAUACUCACAGGAUUGUGUUGCUUCGCCGUGAAGAAGCAGCUGUUUUACCGAACGAGUGCAACUCAUUGCUGUUGCAGUGUAACCUAAAUAAACCAGCUCUAGGAAAGGGACCAAAACUGUACUCAGUCAACAAAAGUGCUCAUGAAUAUUGUGUGUAAAUUAUUUUUUGUAUUAUUAUCAAUAACAAAAUAAAGGAAGAAAUGUUGCGUUUUGAUGUAUAAUUCAA